AAUAAAACAAAAUAAUUAGAAAAAGAAUGUGUUGAGGAGGUGGCACUGAAACCGGGGUCUCCUAAUCAUCACUUUAACAGAAAUACAAAUCCCUGCUCUUUCUUCACUUUCAAGAAUGGAGCAUUAUCCCUUCUUCUCUCGUUUCACAAUCUGAAGUUUUUUUUGACUGGUAUAUUUGCUUCUUUUUUUUUAUUUUUGUUUUUUUUCACCUCGGUUACUUUGCUUUUAUGGGCUGGGUUCUUUGAUUACUUCUUGAUACAAUUUUCGGGUCUUACUUCAGAAAUGCACAAAGACCAUGGAUAACAUUAGUCUCGAUAGUUGUGGUUCUAGAUGCGUUCGCCUACCUGCUCAUUCAGACAAUGUUGCAUUUGUCUGAGAGGGGCAAUUUGCUACCGAUUAAUGUGUACUUAUGUGUCAGGCCUUGGCAAAAUUCUGGCUUGGUACCUAAAGCAAGAAAAAUUAAAAUCCAAUGGAUGAUUCACGACAUCCUUCUCCUGUUCUUCUGGCAUCAGCAUCUGCAUCAUCUACUAGUACUGGAAGGAUAAAUUUAGAAGUGAAUGGAAGUCGCCGGUCUAGUCAUUCAAGCACAAAGAAGAGAGGUCAUGGAAGUCGUUCAUGGAUAAAGAUUGACCAGGACGGGAGCUCAGAGAUUUUGCAGCUUGAUAAGGCUACUAUAAUGAAACAUUGUUCAUUGCCAGCCAGGGAUUUACGGCUUCUUGACCCUAUGUUUAUUUAUCCGUCAACUAUAUUAGGACGGGAAAAAGCUAUUGUAGUCAGUCUUGAGCAGAUCAGGUGUAUAAUAACAGCUGAUGAGGUUAUUUUGAUGAAUUCUGUGGAUGGUUGUGUUGUUCAUUACAAUUUGGAAUUGUGCAAACGCCUUCGGACCAAGAAAGACCAAUCUGAUGACCUGCCAUUUGAAUUUAGGGCUCUGGAGCUGGCUUUGGAAUUAACUUGCACGUCUCUUGACGCUCAGGUAAAAGAGCUGGAAAUGGAGAUAUAUCCAGUUCUAGAUGAACUAACAACAUCUGUUAGCACUUCUAAUCUGGAACGUGUCCGUAGAUUGAAAGGCCACCUCCUUGCGUUGACACAAAGAGUUCAGAAGGUACAUGAUGAGAUAGAACAUCUCAUGGAUGAUGACGGUGACAUGGCUGAGAUGUACCUUACAGAGAAGAAACUCAGGUCGGAGGCUUACACCUCUAGUGAUGUAUGUAGUCAGACCAAUUAUUCUGGUGGGGACAGAGUGCCUUCAAAAUCUGCACCUGUUUCACCAGUGGGAUCAAUCAAGGGAUCCCAGAAAUUGCAAAGGGCAUUUAGCAGUAUUGUGAGUUCAAGCAAAUACGGAAGCUUAAUCAGCUCAUCUAGUAGCGAGGAAAAUAUUGAUCAACUCGAAAUGUUACUUGAAGCAUAUUUUGUUUUUAUUGACAAUAAUCUCAGCAAGUUGUUAACGCUCAAAGAAUACAUUGAUGAUACUGAAGAUUUGAUCAAUAUUAAAUUGGGCAACAUUCAGAAUCAACUAAUUCAAUUCGAGUUGCUUCUGACUGCAGCAACCUUUGUUGCUACAAUAUUUGCAGUUGUGACGGGAGUGUUUGGAAUGAACUUUGCAGCCACAAUUUUUGAUUACCCAAAUGUAUUCUAUUGGGUUCUGAUUAUAACAGGUUUUAUCUGUGGAUUCGUAUACUUAUCUUUAUUGUUGUAUUUUAGACACAAGAAAGUCUUCCCAUUGUAAACCAUAGAAAUGUUGAUUGCGUUGUUUAAAACAAUAACAGUAGACAUUCAAAUUU